AAUGAAGAAUGCAUCUUACCGAAUAUCUAGACUCGCGACUCGUUAAAUCGAAUUGGCUGCAAACACACGGGUUUGGUGUACGUGUGUAAAUCAUUACGAUUGACGGAGUCAACCAACGACCUAUUUCUCUUAACCUUGUUGUGACGACACUGCUGCCUGAGAGGCUGAACUCGGGGACAACUGUCCCAGUUCCUUGACAACGGUUGCUAACAACUCAAGGCUAUUGGGCCACUGCUGUUUAUCCUGAGAGUCACUGGGGUUGUUACAGCUGUGAAGCCCAGUGUAACCAUGCCUCGAGGAAGAGCGACCACGAGUGCCCGCUCAAACAGCAGUGAGAUGGAAAAUGAUGGCACAGAAUCAGAGCUAGCCAAACUGCAAAGACAGUUCAGGAUCAUGGAAGGAGAUCGGCAGGCCUACAACAUUCAGGCCCGGGAGCAGAUGCGCAAACAACAGCAGGAGAUAGACAAGCUGAUGAAGGAGCAGCAGGAGCUGAGUCGAAACCUCGGGGUAUCUAAGAGCUUGUCUCGCCAACAGCAGGACAGUGAGGAGACAGAGAGUCUUCGUGCUUUGCUGGAGCAGACAGACACGCUGGAGGAGGAGCUGGGAAAAGAGAAGCAGUGUCAAAAAGACUUACAAAGAGAGAUCUCAAACAUGGAGCUGAAGCUGGUGGAGCUGAGAAGAGGGGAGGUCAGUAGUAGUGACACACAAAAGUCUGAGGAGCGGCGGACUCAGAAGGCCAAACAAACGCUGGAGUACAAACUGGACAGAGCUUUGACUCGCUUCAAUGAACAACUGACCAAAAACAGCCUCCUGAGAGAGGAGUUGCAAACGUUGCAUAUUGAGCGUGCUCGUUUCCAGCAACUACACAACAAGCUGGAAAAGGAACUGCAGGAGCUCCGCAAGAAGAUUGGUGAAACUAUCAACCUGUCCACUGCUGCUUACGAUGCCAGGGUGGAGGCCCAGUCCAAAAUGACCAUGAUGAGGGAGAAGGCGGUGAAGGACCUUGCCCAGUACAAUGCUGAGAUGAAGGACCUGGAGAGGGUUAUUGCACAUGAGUGUGUCCUGAAAGAGUUUAUGACCACCAAGUGCAACGAGAGGAGCAGGCACGACAAUGGCAAUGGGAUGGGACACAGACGAUUGUCAGAACUGAAGGAGCAGCGGAGGAUGGACUCAGAGGAAGAGUCGCUGGAUGCUCUAGAGGAGGGUUUUGAGAGGAUCAAGACAGUGACAGGGGAGGACGACCUGGACAUGUUGGUCACCAGGUUCAUCCAGGGUGAAGACCAGAACUUUGCACUCUUCAAUUUUGUUAAUGUGCAAAACAAUGAGGCUGAAGCCCUGAGGAAUCAAUUCAACCAGAUCCAAGAAGAGAUGGAGAACUUUCGAGUGAAAGGUUUGGAACAGGAGCAUGAUCGUGGCUCUUUGCUGAGAGACAUUGACGAACAAAAAAAGGAAACUGAAUCUCAAACUGUGAACUAUGAAAACCAAGCCAGCAUCAUAACGAAAAUCCUGGAAGAGAUUAAAACAGGAGUGAGCAGCACCUUCUCUAAAAUGGACUGUGACCGCUCGGUGAUAGAGGAUAUGCUGGGCUUCUCCACAGGGAUCAGUGAGAACCACAUCAUGUCCCAUCUGGGUCUGCUGGAAAAGAAGACUAAUGAGCUGCUCACCAUACAAGCUUUCCUCAAUUCUAAGGAUCUAGAAAGGGACUAUAAUCCAAAAGACCUGGCCAAAUUCCUUUUGGGUCAAAAUCCAGAGCAGCUUCAGCAGAAUACCAGUAUCCUACCUACAGUCAACAGCGUGGAGCAUGAUGCCGAGGAUUCUCUUUUCACUGAUGAGGAAGAACGACCACUUUCACAGGGCGAACUUCGCAGAAGAAUAAUGAAAGGGGUUCAGCAGAAACAGAGUUCAGUCCUGGAGGAAGCAACCAAAUCCUCAAAGAUCCGUCAGCAGGUCGAAGGCAGACAGCGCUCCCUGGAAGACGCACUGAUCUGACAGUGACCCGAUCGGAGUAGUUAAUGUGGAUCCUCAUCUUCUGAGAUUGUCUGCAGCUGAAGGGCUUUGUUUUCAUUAUUUACCAUAAUAUGGAUGAAUGGAGGCCAAGGCUGCUGAUGGAACCAGCUUGAAAUGUUGCAGCUUGUACACGUGAACAUUAAAAGCUUAAUUGUG